AUGGCAGGAGGCGCGAGGAGGAACACGGGGAUGGGAAAUAGAUCAGGGUUCUAUGUGAGGCUGUUGGCAGUGAGUGUGUGCCUGGGAGCUGACCUGAGCUGGCUAGGCCUGAAAGACCAGGUUGGGGUCAACGCCCAGAACAACGAGAGAAGGGUAUUAGCGCAUAUCCCCGGCGACAUCAUCAUAGGAGCUCUGUUUUCUGUCCACCAUCAACCACCUGCAGACAAGGUCCAUGAGAGAAAGUGUGGGGCGGUGCGUGAGCAGUACGGGAUCCAGAGAGUGGAGGCCAUGAUGCACACUCUGGAUCGAAUUAACGCAGACCCCACUAUCCUUCCGAAUAUCACCCUGGGCUGCGAGAUCAGGGACUCGUGCUGGCACUCCGCGGUGGCGCUGGAGCAGAGUAUUGAGUUCAUCCGGGACACGCUAGUGUCCAACGAGGAGGAGGAGAGCCAGGGCAGGUGCACUGUCGAGGCAGGGAGCCUGCUGAUGCAGGGGAAGAAGCCCAUCGUGGGACUGAUCGGACCGGGAUCCAGCUCGGUGGCCAUCCAGGUGCAAAAUCUCCUCCAGCUCUUCAACAUCCCACAGAUAGCUUACUCGGCCACAAGCAUGGAUCUCAGUGACAAGAGCCUGUAUAAAUAUUUCAUGAGGGUGGUGCCGUCAGAUAUGCAACAGGCCAGAGCCAUGGUGGACAUUGUGAAGCGGUACGGCUGGAGCUACGUGUCCGCAAUACACACAGAAGGGAACUACGGCGAGAGCGGUAUGGAGGCUUUUAAAGACAUGGCAGCAAAGGAGGGGAUCUGCAUCGCCCACUCCGAUAAGAUAUACAGCAACGCAGGGGAGCAGAACUUUGACAAGCUGCUGCAGAAGCUGCGAGGCCACCUGCCCAAGGCCAGGGUGGUGGCCUGCUUCUGCGAGGGCAUGACGGUGCGAGGGAUACUGAUGGCCAUGAGGCGGCAGCGGCUGGUGGGAGAGUUUCUGCUGGUUGGGAGUGAUGGCUGGGCAGACAGGUACGAUGUGACCGAUGGCUACCAGAAGGAGGCAGCCGGUGGAAUCACUAUAAAGCUUAAGUCGGCGUAUGUGACCUGGUUCGACGAUUAUUACCUGAACCUGAAGCCCGACGCCAACCUGAGGAACCCCUGGUUCCCCGAGUUCUGGCAGCACCGCUUCCAGUGCAGGCUGAGGGGACACCCGCAGGAGAGCAGCAUGUACAACCGCACCUGCACCUGGAGAGAGUCUCUGCGCCAUCAGUACGCCCAAGACACCAAGAUGGGCUUUGUCAUAAAUGCCAUCUACUCCAUGGCGUACGGUCUGCAGGCCAUGCAGGAAACUCUCUGUCCAGGAUAUAAGGGUUUGUGUGAGUCCAUGCGACCCAUUGAUGGACGCAAGCUGCUGGAAUUCCUGAUGAAAACCAACUUUACUGGCGUAUCUGGGGAGACGAUCCUCUUUGACCAGAAUGGGGACUCACCCGGCAGAUAUGAAAUCAUGAACUUCAAACGCAUCGGCGAGGACGAUUACGCUUACAUCCACGUGGGAAGCUGGGACCAGGGUGGCCUCAAGAUGAAUGAUGAGGAGAUCUGGAGUAACAACAGUGAGGUCAUCCAGUCAGUCUGCUCUGAGCCCUGCCAGAAGGCUCAGAUUAAGGUGAUCCGUAAAGGAGAGGUGAGCUGCUGUUGGACCUGCACUCCCUGCAAGGAGAACGAGUUCGUGUUUGACGAGUACACUUGUCGAGCUUGUGUCCUUGGCUCCUGGCCCACAGAUGAUCUCACUGGUUGUGAACCAAUCCCAGUGCAGUACGUGCGUUGGGGGGACCCAGAGCCCAUCGCUGCAGUGGUCUUCGCCUGUCUGGGCCUCAUGGCUACACUUUUUGUUACUUCUGUCUUUAUCAAAUUUUGGGACACUCCUGUGGUCAAGUCAUCCAGUCGUGAGCUCUGCUACAUCAUCCUGGCUGGAAUAUGUCUGGGCUACCUGUGCACCUUCAGCCUUAUCGCCAAGCCCCACAUAGUCUACUGCUACCUCCAGCGGCUGGGAAUCGGCCUGUCCCCCGCCAUGAGCUACUCCGCUCUGGUCACCAAGACCAACCGUAUAGCACGGAUCCUUGCAGGCAGCAAGAAGAAGAUCUGCACCAAGAAGCCGCGCUUUAUGUCCGCCUGCGCACAAUUGGUCAUCGCCUUCCUACUCAUACUGCUGCAGCUGGGGAUUAUUGUGGCACUUCUUAUCAUAGAGCCACCACAGGUGAUCUAUGACUACCCCAGCAUCCGCGAGGUGCACUUGAUCUGCAAUCUGACCACUCUGGGGGUGGUGGCGCCGCUGGGCUACAACGGCCUGCUUAUCCUUAGCUGCACCUUUUACGCCUUCAAGACUCGUAAUGUUCCGGCUAAUUUUAAUGAGGCCAAGUAUAUUGCCUUCACCAUGUACACCACCUGUAUCAUCUGGCUGGCCUUUGUUCCGAUUUACUUUGGCUCCAACUACAAGAUCAUAACCAUGUGCUUUAGCGUCAGCCUCAGUGCCACCGUGGCUCUCUGCUGCAUGUUUGUCCCAAAGGUGUACAUCAUGCUCGCCAAGCCUGAGAAAAAUGUCAGGAGUGCUUUCACAACAUCCACAGUGGUGCGCAUGCACGUGGGUGAUGCCAAGAAAGCUGCCAAGUCUGGCAAAUCCUCCAGCAGCAUGGCCAACUUAUUUCGACGCCGUGGGUCUGCACAGGACAACAUCAGCUCCAAUGGGAAAUCGGUGACAUGGGCGCAGAAUGAGCGCAGCUACAGACCUAACCUGUGGAAGAGGAUGUCGUUCCAUGUCAAGAAAAAGGAAGCAGUGGAGGUGAACCAGACAGCCAUCAUCAAGCCCUUCUCUAAAGAAGGAGACACACCUGCGGACACCGGUGUCAAAGAGUCGUACGAAGAGCCACAGGAGUCUCAGCCUUUCGCCUGCUCCCCCCCUCAGUCACCUCUGCCCGCCAUCAGCCAGCAGGCAGCGAAAGCAAGGGGCUUCCAGGGAGGGGAGGAUGGGGAGGAGGCACAAGCUUUACCCACUUAUGCACCGGAGCACCCCGCCGGGGUACGCAGAAGAGGUGGGGAAAACAGCCAGGGUGUCGGCGCGGUGGAUGGCGGGGACGUUAGCAUCAUAGGUGUGGGUGACAUCGGCAUUGGGAUGAUUGGCAGCCAACCUCAGGGCACCACCAUCAUGGACCAGAUCAGCUGCGUGGUUAACCGUUUCACUGCCAACAUCAGUGAGCUGAACACCAUGAUGCUGCCAGGGGGAGUCACCGUCAGCCCCACCUCCACCACGGCCGCAGAUGCCGCCCCCUGCCCGCCGCAGUACCACCCACCCAGGAGCAGACAGGCGCCCUCCACCGUCACCACAUACGCUGAGGUGGCGACCGUCUCCAAUUUCUGCGAGAAUCGACCAACAGGUAAGAUUUACGAGCACCUGGCCGGGACUUGCGUGAGCACCAGGCGAGCAAAGGAUAUGGAGGAGCUGGUGGCUCUGACGCCUCCGUCCCCGUUCAGAGACUCAUCUCUGAGCUCCGAGGGCAGCUCGCCGCCCCCGAUGUCCCCGGCCUCCGAGGCUGAAUACGACCAGCUGCUGCUGAAACACUACAGCCAGAGCUCCUCCUCUCUGUAA